AAGGGCAGAACGCCAUGUUUGUCAGUUACUGGUCCCAGUUGUAUUUUGUGUUUUUUUAGCUUGCCAGUUAGCCGUUGCAGGCUGAUGUCGGAAGGGAGUAAUCAUUGCAGCUCGUUUGUUGCACCUGGAAUUCCCUUGCGCGUUCUGAGUUAAGAGGCAGCCCGCGCCGUGCACGACCAUGCGUGUCGCGCGCCUCGGUCGGUCCUAGGCAAAUGGAACAAACAGCCCGGUUUUGAGAUGCAACUCAGCUGAAAAGAGAAAAGGCAGGAUAGACGGCAGCAACGCGCUCUCGCACUCGCUCUUUUUGGCAUCCCAGGAUAUACAUUUUAUUUCCACCAACACAACAGAAGAGGUCAGAUAGCAGUUUUGCAAGAUACAUCCCGGAAAACAACUUCUCAAGACGCAGUUUAUCGCCUGAAGCAGCGGGACAGAGAGAAAUAGCAUCCGGGAAGAACAGAACAUUUGUUUUCAAAGGAAGAAACGAUUACUGUUGGCUUUUUCUGAAUCAAAGAGCUCAGUGUGCAGCAAUGGGUCCCUGUCUGCAACAGUAACACAGGGAGGAAGCGCUCUGAUGAAAGCAGUGGCAAGCAGAACCAGGAAUCGCACGGCCCUGCCAUGGCUGGGGCAGCAGAUGGGUUGAGGAGUGAAGCUGCGGACACAGCUCACAUCAGCAUGUCUGUAGCUGACCCCACAGCUUGGGCCACUGCUAUGAACAACCUUGGAAUCGUCCCUAUGGGGCUUACUGGACAACACCUCCUUUCAGACUCAGUCUGCUUAUCAGGGUUUGAUCCUGGUCUGGGAAUAAUGACCGGCAUCACACCAAUUAACCCUAUGAUGGCUGGAAUCAGCUUGGUGCCGCCUCCACCGGUACCCUUAGAGCUCCCGAUCAUCAAAGAAAUCAUUCACUGCAAAAGCUGCACACUCUUCCCUCAGAACCCAAAUCUGCCACCACCGUCAACAAGGGAAAGACCUCCAGGAUGCAAAACCGUGUUUGUGGGAGGACUGCCAGAGAAUGCCACUGAGGAGAUCAUUCGAGAAGUAUUCGACCAGUGUGGGGAAAUCACUGCCAUCAGGAAAAGCAAAAAGAACUUCUGCCAUAUUCGCUUUACUGAGGAGUUCAUGGUUGACAAAGCAAUCUACCUGUCAGGUUACCGCAUGCGGAUUGGAUCAAGCACCGAUAAAAAGGAUUCAGGACGCCUUCAUGUUGACUUUGCUCAAGCGAGAGAUGACUUCUACGAGUGGGAAUGCAUGCAGCGCCUGCUGGCCAGGGAAGAGCGGCACCGGAGAAAGAUAGAGGAAGAGAGGCUGCGUCCUCCAUCUCCCCCUCCCAUAAUGCACUUCUCAGAGCACGAAGCGGGCCUGCUGGCAGAGAAACUCAAAGAUGACAGCAAGUUCACGGAAGCUAUUGCCGUGCUCGUCACCUGGAUUGAUCGUGGAGAGGUGAACCGUCGCUCUGCAAACCACUUCUACUCCAUGGUCCAGUCAGCAAACAGCCACGUGCGACGACUGAUGAAUGAAAAAGCAAUCCACGAAGAAGAGAUGGAGCUGGCCAAGGAGCGGUUCAGAGAUUCUCUGUCGGGAAUCCUAACACAAUUUGAGCAGAUUGUGGCCGUUUUCGCCGCCGCUACCAGGCAAAGGGCAUGGGACCAUUUCUCAAAAGCACAACGCAAGAACAUAGACAUUUGGCGAAAGCAGUGCGAGGAGCUGCGGAAUGCUCACAGUGAGGAGCUCAUGGGUAUACGGAGGGAAGAGGAGAUGGAGAUGUCAGAGGAUGAGUCGGAAGAAAAUCCCAAUAAGAAAAUCAAAAUCAAUGACUCAGCCUUGGCUGCUCAAGCAUAUGCCCUGAAAGAAGAGAAUGACAGCCUUCGCUGGCAGCUGGAUGCGUACAGGAACGAGGUGGAGCUGCUGAGACAAGAGCAGGGGAAGGCGUGCAGGACUGAGGAGGAUCACACCAAGGAGCAUCAGCUUCACUUUCUACAGCAGACCAUGCAGGGCAUGCAGCAGCAACUGGUGGAACUACAAGGAGACUUACAAAGGAAAGAAUCUGAGCUAGAACACGCAAGGGAAGAGCAAAGGUGUAUGGAGGUGCAGCUCAUCGCCUUAAAAGAAAAGUUACUGCACAGUAUGGAGGCUGUGGAGACUAUCAGCAGCGAGUCACAUGCUCAAGGAAUAAAUGGAUGCACAGGACAAGUACUUCACUGCGAUAAAGAAAAGAAUGCAGAGAAACACGUUCAAGGACCUCUGAAAUCAGAGAAAGAAGCCCUGUUAUUGGGCAUAAUAUCAACCUUUCUUCAUGUUCACCCCUUUGGUGCCAACAUAGAGUAUCUGUGGUCCUACAUACAGAGACUGGAUGCCAAGGUUUCUGCCAGUGAAAUCGAGACUCUCAUGCUGCGGCUGCCCCACAUGUUCAAGCAAGAGUUCACGGGCGUGGGGGCCACGCUGGAGAAGAGGUGGAUAUUCUGUGGCUUUGAGGGAAUUAAUACUGUCUGAUCCAGGGAAAUGAAUGGGCUUGUUAGCGAGAAGCACUCUCCUGCAAGACAGGAGGUUUAUGUACCUCCUGAGUGAGAAAUAUGGUUAUUGCACAUAGCAGUGUGUUUGCUUGCAUAGCCCCAGCCUGGUUUUUAAUUACAUCUCUCUUGUUCCUUGUGAGUGAAGAUGUAGUUGUGCAGCAGUUACUAAAAGUCUCCGUGUGUCGAAUCGAGACAGAUCUAUUUACUUGAAAAAUCAUUCCAGAGUAACAGGGCUGGUUGAGCGAGAUAAUUGUUUGCUGGGUUUAGAAAUGAACAUGGUAAUUCUCAACACAGCUAGUCACUAUCUACUGCUUUAAAUGGGUGUAUUUUUGUUUUCUGUGAAACAGGAGGAAAUUGCCAAAAUGCUGAAGUGCUGCUGCCUAAAGUCAUUUUUGGGAUUCAACUGCUGUGUGCAAAUGAGAUACCAUACUUGUUUUUAAAUCCCAGACAUGCAGCAUCAGAUAGCAGGUGUAGACAAUUCCACUCUGGUGAACACUGAUUGUAAUGCUUCCUUCAGAGACGCUGAUCUGUAAAAUCAGGUUUCCUUUACUGUUUUCAUAUUACCCAGAGCUGAAAUCAAAAUAAACCAUUUUCUUGUGUCAUAAUAAUACAUAUAGUACCAAUGUGUGUUGUAAUAUACUGCUUUGUGAACUAGACACAUACAUGUUAAAUCUUAUCAACAACUUGUAUAAAUUAUUUUUUAUGAAAUAAAGUUUUUUAUCAAAUUAUAUA